CGGCGACGCGAACAAGAUGGCGGCGCCGGGGGUGGCGGAGGCCGUGGCGGCCUCACACCCGGCCGAGGGGGCCGAGAUGACGGAGGCUGCAGAGCUGAGCCGCGCCCUGAGCCGCCUGCUGCCGGGGCUGGAGGCCGACAGCAAACCGGGCCGGCGGCGCGCCUUGGAGGCCCUGCGGCGAGCGCUGGAGGAGCCGGGCCCUGCCGCCGACCCCACCGCUUUCCAGGGCCCCUGGGCGCGCCUGCUGCUGCCGCGCCUGCUGCGCUGCCUGAGCGACCCCGCCGAGGGCUGCCGCGCGCUGGCAGUGCACCUGCUGGGUCUGGGCCUGCGCCGCGCCGCGCGGCCCCGCGAUGCCCUGCCGCGCCUGCUGCCCGCGCUCGCCGCGCGCUUGGCCGGCCCCGAGCCCGCGCGCCGACCGCCCGAGGCCUGCGAGGAGCUGCGCUUGGCGCUUGUGCAGUUGCUGGGUCUGGCCGUGGACCUGUGUGGCGCCGCGCUCGCGCCCCACCUGGACGACGCCCUGCGCGCGCUGUGCUGCUCCCUGCUGGACCCCUUCGCCGCCGUGCGCCGCGAGAGCUGCAGCUGCGCCGCCGCCCUGGCGCAGGCCACGCCCGAUCACUUCCACAUGCAGUCGGAGUCUCUGAUCGGGCCCCUGAUGCAGACCAUCUCCCACCAGCACUGGAAGGUCCGUGUGGCCGCCGUCGAAGCCACAGGUGCGGUGAUCCAGUUUGGCAACGGGAAGUCCGUGGACGACGUGCUUUCCCAUUUUGCUCAGCGACUGUUUGAUGACGUCCCGCAGGUCCGGCGGGCGGUGGCCUCUGUGGUAGGCGGCUGGCUGCUGCGUCUGCGUGACCGCUACUCCUUCUUCCACAAGCUCAUCCCUCUGCUGCUCAGCAGCCUCAACGACGAGGUGCCCGAGGUCAGGCAGCUGGCUGUCAGCCUCUGGGAAGACAUUGGCCUGCAGUGGCAGAAGGAGAAUGAGGAGGACCUGAAGGACAAGCUGGACUUUGCCCCUCCCACCCCACCCCAUUACCCUCCGCAUGAGCAUCGCCCUGUGCUGGGCUGCCGGGAGCUUGUCUUCAGGAACCUCUCCAAGAUCCUCCCUGCCCUGUGCCACGACAUCACAGACUGGGUGGUGGGCACCCGAGUGAAGUCGGCACAGCUGCUGCCGGUGCUGCUGCUGCACGCGGAGGACCACGCCACGCAGCACCUGGAGAUCGUCCUCCGGACCUUGUUCCAGGCCUGCACCGAUGAGGAGGCAGCCGUGGUCCACAGCUGUAUGAGAUCCGCAGAGCUUGUCGGGACGUUUGUCAGCCCCGAGGUGUUUCUGAAGUUGAUCUUAUCGACACUGAAGAAGGCGCCCUCCGCCUCCGGCCUCCUGGUGCUGGCCUCCGCCAUGCGGGGUUGCCCCCGAGAAGCCCUCCAGCCGCACCUGGCAGCCAUCGCCACGGAGCUGGCACAGGCCCACAUCUGCCAGGCGUCUGAAAACGACCUCUACCUGGAACGCCUGCUGCUGUGUGUGCAGGCUCUGGUGUCCGUGUGUCGUGAGGACUGCGGCGUGGCCAGCCUGCAGCUCAUGGACGUGCUGCUGACAAUAGUGGCCCUCGCAGGUGCCACCGGCCUGAGGGACAAGGCACAGGAGACAAUGGACUUGCUGGCCAGAGCGGAGGGUGUCGGUGGCUGCCAGGACCUCUAUCGCAAGCACAUGGGUCCCCUCCUGGAGCGGGUGACUGCGUCACACCUAGACUGGACCGCACACUCACCAGAGCUCCUGCAGUUCAGUGUCAUCAUCACGCAGUCAGGCCCUGCCCUAGGAGAAGCCCUGCCACACGUCAUGCCCACGCUCAGGGCCUGUCUGCAGCCCUCCCGAGACCCGCAGAUGCGCCUGAAGCUGUUCUCCAUCCUGUCCACUGUGCUGCUUAGAGCCACAGACAGCAUCAACUCCCAGGGGCAGUUUCCCAGCUACCUCGAGACAGUGACAAAGGACAUCCUGGCCCCCAAUCUGCAGUGGCACGCGGGGAGGACAGCCGCGGCCAUCCGCACGGCUGCCGUGUCCUGCCUCUGGGCGCUCACCAGCAGCGAGGUCCUGUCGGCAAAGCAGAUACAGGACGUGCAGGAAACACUGAUGCCUCAGGUCCUGACCACCCUGGAGGAGGAUUCGCAGAUGACACGACUGAUUUCAUGCCGUAUUAUCAACACGUUCUUAAAAACCUCGGGCAGCAUGAUGGAUCCAGAGAAACUCAUCAAGAUUUAUCCUGUAAUAAACAUCCUGUUCCCGCUGACUCUGGAACAAGUUCAACCCGUGCGAUUUGUUGGGAGUUCACUCACUUUUUAAAACAGGAGCCAGCGGAAAGGCCGCACGCAUUUGGGUGUCUGAGCGCGUUUGGGCGUCUGGGCCGCAGCCUCCUGUGUGGUUAUUCUCACUACAAAAUGUUCCUUGAGAGGCUCCUUGCCCAUUAGUGCCAGCUCUGGGCUUCCCAGGGUGAAGCGUUGGACGAAUCAUGGCCUCCUUGGCGGGGAAGGGAAGGAUGUCCUGAGUUGGGAGCAUAGGCAACCAGGCCUCCCGGAACAGGCAGACACAAACGCAAACAGCAGACAGGCCAGUGUGAGCCGAUUCUGUCUGGCUUAGUCGUGCAUGAAAGGAGCACUAAACUGGUACAAAAGUGGACCUGCAGGCCGUCCAGGGAGUGACCAUCGUAAAAACACAAUAGCCAAUGCCACUCUGCAAUUCCACAGUCGGCCGCGCCAGCAGGAGGCCUUGGAGGAUCCUGUCCGUGCCCAUAGACGUUUGCUAGUGGGCCAACCUUGGGUGAGUUGAUCAUCUGACUCCGUCCUUCCUCCUGAGACACGUGCAGCGAGAGCACCUGCCGUGCAGCUAGAUCACCCGCCCUGCAGCGAGAUCACCCGCCGUGCAGUGAGAUCACCCGCUGUGCAGCGAGGGCAGCCACCGUGCAGUGAGCAUACUCGCUGUGCAGGGCUGCUUCAGGGUUUAGCACCAUGAUGCCUGGAUGCUGUCCACAGCUUCCUCCUUGGUCCUGUGUUUGGUGGCUGGAAGGACCAGCACCCUCAGGGCCCAGCACCCUCAGGGAAGCACCUGGGCAUCUCCCAGGAGUUAACCCGCUGGGUCCCACUUGUCUCAAAGCCUGGCUUGGUGCGACGGCCUGAACUUUGGAUGUUUUUCAUGCCUUUCGUUACGCAGGAACCGCUUGCUGAGGGUGGAUCAUGCCCUCCGCAUUGCAAAAGCAGCAGAGACCCAGCCCACCCUCGCGUUUGCAGCGGGAAGAUGGGCCUCAUGCCAGGCACAGGCAGCUGCCCCUUGCGGCGUCAGGAAGAUGGGCCUCCGGAUGGUUUUGCGACUCGUUCGUCUGCAAAUCUCCGAAUGAUGCACAGAAGGGGGUGCCAGAGAUUUUUUUAAGAUGAUGUGAAAAAAGCAUAAAUUUGAUAAAAAUUAUAUCCAUUAAUUUCAUAAGUUUCUACCCAUCAGGAAGGAUCAUCCUCCUCUUUUCAGCAGCAGAAGACUGACCACAGUAGGGGGUUGUCUGUCAGUGAGUCCUCAGCUCUGGUGGGAGGGCAGGGUCGGAGCUGGGGAGGGCGGCCAGCUCAGGGAUCUGAGCAUCUGGGAGCAGGAGAUGGAGGCCAGGUGAGCACACAGCUGCGGGGAGGUGGAGGCCAGGUGAGCACACAGCUAUAGCUACAGCUACAGCGGGGCUCGGGUCUGCUGUGCCCACAGGGCAGGUUAUUGCAGGGGCCACAGCAGGGCUUGGGCCGCCUCCGCUCUGUUGGCUGGAGUUCAGGGGUCCCAGGGCGCCAGGAGCACCUUGCAUGUGGCUCGAGAUGCACGGAGUCUCCAGUGAGGUGUGGGUUUCCUAGGACCCCAGGGCAGGUGCCUCACAGGAGUGCGAACUAAACGCCUUUGUGGACGUUCAGACGUGAAAUGUCUGCUCUAGACUCACACACCUCACUCUCUCC